AUGGCCCCUAGACGUCGCCACCUCCCCCCGUCCGUCCACCUCAUUCUAGAGCACCCCAACGGCCUUCCUUCCACUCCUCGACCUGCCCCCCUUUCCACCCCCUCAUGCUCCGCCUCCCUUGACAGAUCCCCACCCCCAUCCCCCCUGUCCUCCCAGCCUGGGUUCUCCUCACGUUCCACUGGCCGUAGGAGCACCUUCCAGCCCUCCAGUGGAACAACUUCAGCUGUAGCUGUUCUUGUGCCCCUCACCUGCGCCAGUGCCCCUCACCUGCGCCAGUGCCCCUCACCUGCGCCAGUGCCCCUCACCUGCGCCAGUGUCCCUCACCUGCGCCAGUGCCCCUCACCUGCGCCAGUGCCCCUCACCUGCGCCAGUGCCCCUCACCUGCGCCAGUGUCCCUCACCUGCGCCAGUGCCCCUCACCUGCGCCAGUGUCCCUCACCUGCGCCAGUGCCCCUCACCUGCGCCAGUGCCCCUCACCUGCGCCAGUGCCCCUCACCUGCGCCAGUGCCCCUCACCUGCGCCAGUGCCCCUCACCUGCGCCAGUGCCCCUCACCUGCGCCAGUGCCCCUCACCUGCGCCAGUGCCCCUCACCUGCGCCAGUGCCCCUCACCUGCGCCAGUGCCCCUCACCUGCGCCAGUGCCCCUCACCUGCGCCAGUGCCCCUCACCUGCGCCAGUGCCCCUCACCUGCGCCAGUGCCCCUCACCUGCGCCAGUGCCCCUCACCUGCGCCAGUGCCCCUCACCUGCGCCAGUGCCCCUCACCUGCGCCAGUGCCCCUCACCUGCGCCAGUGCCCCUCACCUGCGCCAGUGCCCCUCACCUGCGCCAGUGCCCCUCACCUGCGCCAGUGCCCCUCACCUGCGCCAGUGCCCCUCACCUGCGCCAGUGCCCCUCACCUGCGCCAGUGCCCCUCACCUGCGCCAGUGCCCCUCACCUGCGCCAGUGCCCCUCACCUGCGCCAGUGCCCCUCACCUGCGCCAGUGCCCCUCACCUGCGCCAGUGCCCCUCACCUGCGCCAGUGCCCCUCACCUGCGCCAGUGCCCCUCACCUGCGCCAGUGCCCCUCACCUGCGCCAGUGCCCCUCACCUGCGCCAGUGCCCCUCACCUGCGCCAGUGCCCCUCACCUGCGCCAGUGCCCCUCACCUGCGCCAGUGCCCCUCACCUGCGCCAGUGCCCCUCACCUGCGCCAGUGCCCCUCACCUGCGCCAGUGCCCCUCACCUGCGCCAGUGCCCCUCACCUGCGCCAGUGCCCCUCACCUGCGCCAGUGCCCCUCACCUGCGCCAGUGCCCCUCACCUGCGCCAGUGCCCCUCACCUGCGCCAGUGCCCCUCACCUGCGCCAGUGCCCCUCACCUGCGCCAGUGCCCCUCACCUGCGCCAGUGCCCCUCACCUGCGCCAGUGCCCCUCACCUGCGCCAGUGCCCCUCACCUGCGCCAGUGUCCCUCACCUGCGCCAGUGCCCCUCACCUGCGCCAGUGUCCCUCACCUGCGCCAGUGCCCCUCACCUGCGCCAGUGCCCCUCACCUGCGCCAGUGCCCCUCACCUGCGCCAGUGCCCCUCACCUGCGCCAGUGCCCCUCACCUGCGCCAGUGCCCCUCACCUGCGCCAGUGCCCCUCACCUGCGCCAGUGCCCCUCACCUGCGCCAGUGCCCCUCACCUGCGCCAGUGCCCCUCACCUGCGCCAGUGCCCCUCACCUGCGCCAGUGCCCCUCACCUGCGCCAGUGCCCCUCACCUGCGCCAGUGCCCCUCACCUGCGCCAGUGCCCCUCACCUGCGCCAGUGCCCCUCACCUGCGCCAGUGCCCCUCACCUGCGCCAGUGCCCCUCACCUGCGCCAGUGCCCCUCACCUGCGCCAGUGCCCCUCACCUGCGCCAGUGCCCCUCACCUGCGCCAGUGCCCCUCACCUGCGCCAGUGCCCCUCACCUGCGCCAGUGCCCCUCACCUGCGCCAGUGCCCCUCACCUGCGCCAGUGCCCCUCACCUGCGCCAGUGCCCCUCACCUGCGCCAGUGCCCCUCACCUGCGCCAGUGCCCCUCACCUGCGCCAGUGCCCCUCACCUGCGCCAGUGCCCCUCACCUGCGCCAGUGCCCCUCACCUGCGCCAGUGCCCCUCACCUGCGCCAGUGCCCCUCACCUGCGCCAGUGCCCCUCACCUGCGCCAGUGCCCCUCACCUGCGCCAGUGCCCCUCACCUGCGCCAGUGCCCCUCACCUGCGCCAGUGCCCCUCACCUGCGCCAGUGCCCCUCACCUGCGCCAGUGCCCCUCACCUGCGCCAGUGCCCCUCACCUGCGCCAGUGCCCCUCACCUGCGCCAGUGCCCCUCACCUGCGCCAGUGCCCCUCACCUGCGCCAGUGCCCCUCACCUGCGCCAGUGCCCCUCACCUGCGCCAGUGCCCCUCACCUGCGCCAGUGCCCCUCACCUGCGCCAGUGCCCCUCACCUGCGCCAGUGCCCCUCACCUGCGCCAGUGCCCCUCACCUGCGCCAGUGCCCCUCACCUGCGCCAGUGCCCCUCACCUGCGCCAGUGCCCCUCACCUGCGCCAGUGCCCCUCACCUGCGCCAGUGCCCCUCACCUGCGCCAGUGCCCCUCACCUGCGCCAGUGCCCCUCACCUGCGCCAGUGCCCCUCACCUGCGCCAGUGCCCCUCACCUGCGCCAGUGCCCCUCACCUGCGCCAGUGCCCCUCACCUGCGCCAGUGCCCCUCACCUGCGCCAGUGCCCCUCACCUGCGCCAGUGCCCCUCACCUGCGCCAGUGCCCCUCACCUGCGCCAGUGCCCCUCACCUGCGCCAGUGCCCCUCACCUGCGCCAGUGCCCCUCACCUGCGCCAGUGCCCCUCACCUGCGCCAGUGCCCCUCACCUGCGCCAGUGCCCCUCACCUGCGCCAGUGCCCCUCACCUGCGCCAGCGCCCCUCACCUGCGCCAGCGCCCCUCACCUGCGCCAGCGCCCCUCACCUGCGCCAGCGCCCCUCACCUGCGCCAGCGCCCCUCACCUGCGCCAGCGCCCCUCACCUGCGCCAGCGCCCCUCACCUGCGCCAGCUGCCCCUCACCUGCGCCAGUGCCCCUCACCUGCGCCAGUGCCCCUCACCUGCGCCAGUGCCCCUCACCUGCGCCAGUGCCCCUCACCUGCGCCAGUGCCCCUCACCUGCGCCAGUGCCCCUCACCUGCGCCAGUGCCCCUCACCUGCGCCAGUGCCCCUCACCUGCGCCAGUGCCCCUCACCUGCGCCAGUGCCCCUCACCUGCGCCAGUGCCCCUCACCUGCGCCAGUGCCCCUCACCUGCGCCAGUGCCCCUCACCUGCGCCAGUGCCCCUCACCUGCGCCAGUGCCCCUCACCUGCGCCAGUGCCCCUCACCUGCGCCAGUGCCCCUCACCUGCGCCAGUGCCCCUCACCUGCGACCAGUGCCCCUCACCUGCGCCAGUGCCCCUCACCUGCGCCAGUGCCCCUCACCUGCGCCAGUGCCCCUCACCUGCGCCAGUGCCCCUCACCUGCGCCAGUGCCCCUCACCUGCGCCAGUGCCCCUCACCUGCGCCAGCGCCCCUCACCUGCGCCAGCGCCCCUCACCUGCGCCAGCGCCCCUCACCUGCGCCAGCGCCCCUCACCUGCGCCAGCGCCCCUCACCUGCGCCAGCGCCCCUCACCUGCGCCAGUGCCCCUCACCUGCGCCAGUGCCCCUCACCUGCGCCAGUGCCCCUCACCUGCGCCAGUGCCCCUCACCUGCGCCAGUGCCCCUCACCUGCGCCAGUGCCCCUCACCUGCGCCAGUGCCCCUCACCUGCGCCAGUGCCCCUCACCUGCGCCAGUGCCCCUCACCUGCGCCAGUGCCCCUCACCUGCGCCAGUGCCCCUCACCUGCGCCAGUGCCCCUCACCUGCGCCAGUGCCCCUCACCUGCGCCAGUGCCCCUCACCUGCGCCAGUGCCCCUCACCUGCGCCAGUGCCCCUCACCUGCGCCAGUGCCCCUCACCUGCGCCAGUGCCCCUCACCUGCGCCAGUGCCCCUCACCUGCGCCAGUGCCCCUCACCUGCGCCAGCGCCCCUCACCUGCGCCAGCGCCCCUCACCUGCGCCAGCGCCCCUCACCUGCGCCAACGCCCCUCACCUGCGCCAGCGCCCCUCACCUGCGCCAGCGCCCCUCACCUGCGCCAGUGCCCCUCACCUGCGCCAGUGCCCCUCACCUGCGCCAGUGCCCCUCACCUGCGCCAGUGCCCCUCACCUGCGCCAGUGCCCCUCACCUGCGCCAGUGCCCCUCACCUGCGCCAGUGCCCCUCACCUGCGCCAGUGCCCCUCACCUGCGCCAGUGCCCCUCACCUGCGCCAGUGCCCCUCACCUGCGCCAGUGCCCCUCACCUGCGCCAGUGCCCCUCACCUGCGCCAGUGCCCCUCACCUGCGCCAGUGCCCCUCACCUGCGCCAGUGCCCCUCACCUGCGCCAGUGCCCCUCACCUGCGCCAGUGCCCCUCACCUGCGCCAGUGCCCCUCACCUGCGCCAGUGCCCCUCACCUGCGCCAGUGCCCCUCACCUGCGCCAGUGCCCCUCACCUGCGCCAGUGCCCCUCACCUGCGCCAGUGCCCCUCACCUGCGCCAGUGCCCCUCACCUGCGCCAGCGCCCCUCACCUGCGCCAGCGCCCCUCACCUGCGCCAGCGCCCCUCACCUGCGCCAGUGCCCCUCACCUGCGCCAGUGCCCCUCACCUGCGCCAGUGCCCCUCACCUGCGCCAGUGCCCCUCACCUGCGCCAGUGCCCUCACCUCACCUGCGCCAGUGCCCCUCACCUGCGCCAGUGCCCCUCACCUGCGCCAGUGCCCCUCACCUGCGCCAGUGCCCCUCACCUGCGCCAGUGCCCCUCACCUGCGCCAGUGCCCCUCACCUGCGCCAGUGCCCCUCACCUGCGCCAGUGCCCCUCACCUGCGCCAGUGCCCCUCACCUGCGCCAGUGCCCCUCACCUGCGCCAGUGCCCCUCACCUGCGCCAGUGCCCCUCACCUGCGCCAGUGCCCCUCACCUGCGCCAGUGCCCCUCACCUGCGCCAGUGCCCCUCACCUGCGCCAGUGCCCCUCACCUGCGCCAGUGCCCCUCACCUGCGCCAGUGCCCCUCACCUGCGCCAGUGCCCCUCACCUGCGCCAGCGCCCCUCACCUGCGCCAGCGCCCCUCACCUGCGCCAGCGCCCCUCACCUGCGCCAGUGCCCCUCACCUGCGCCAGUGCCCCUCACCUGCGCCAGUGCCCCUCACCUGCGCCAGUGCCCCACGCCAGUGCCCCUCACCUGCGCCAGUGCCCCUCACCUGCGCCAGUGCCCCUCACCUGCGCCAGUGCCCCUCACCUGCGCCAGUGCCCCUCACCUGCGCCAGUGCCCCUCACCUGCGCCAGUGCCCCUCACCUGCGCCAGUGCCCCUCACCUGCGCCAGUGCCCCUCACCUGCGCCAGUGCCCCUCACCUGCGCCAGUGCCCCUCACCUGCGCCAGUGCCCCUCACCUGCGCCAGUGCCCCUCACCUGCGCCAGUGCCCCUCACCUGCGCCAGUGCCCCUCACCUGCGCCAGUGCCCCUCACCUGCGCCAGUGCCCCUCACCUGCGCCAGUGCCCCUCACCUGCGCCAGUGCCCCUCACCUGCGCCAGUGCCCCUCACCUGCGCCAGUGCCCCUCACCUGCGCCAGUGCCCCUCACCUGCGCCAGUGCCCCUCACCUGCGCCAGUGCCCCUCACCUGCGCCAGUGCCCCUCACCUGCGCCAGUGCCCCUCACCUGCGCCAGUGCCCAUCACCUGCGCCAGUGCCCCUCACCUGCGCCAGCGCCCCUCACCUGCGCCAGCGCCCCUCACCUGCGCCAGCGCCCCUCACCUGCGCCAGUGCCCCUCACCUGCGCCAGUGCCCCUCACCUGCGCCAGUGCCCCUCACCUGCGCCAGUGCCCCUCACCUGCGCCAGUGCCCCUCACCUGCGCCAGUGCCCCUCACCUGCGCCAGUGCCCCUCACCUGCGCCAGUGCCCCUCACCUGCGCCAGUGCCCCUCACCUGCGCCAGUGCCCCUCACCUGCGCCAGUGCCCCUCACCUGCGCCAGUGCCCCUCACCUGCGCCAGUGCCCCUCACCUGCGCCAGUGCCCCUCACCUGCGCCAGUGCCCCUCACCUGCGCCAGUGCCCCUCACCUGCGCCAGUGCCCCUCACCUGCGCCAGUGCCCCUCACCUGCGCCAGUGCCCCUCACCUGCGCCAGUGCCCCUCACCUGCGCCAGUGCCCCUCACCUGCGCCAGUGCCCCUCACCUGCGCCAGUGCCCCUCACCUGCGCCAGUGCCCCUCACCUGCGCCAGUGCCCCUCACCUGCGCCAGUGCCCCUCACCUGCGCCAGUGCCCCUCACCUGCGCCAGUGCCCCUCACCUGCGCCAGUGCCCCUCACCUGCGCCAGUGCCCCUCACCUGCGCCAGUGCCCCUCACCUGCGCCAGUGCCCCUCACCUGCGCCAGUGCCCCUCACCUGCGCCAGUGCCCCUCACCUGCGCCAGUGCCCCUCACCUGCGCCAGUGCCCCUCACCUGCGCCAGUGCCCCUCACCUGCGCCAGUGCCCCUCACCUGCGCCAGUGCCCCUCACCUGCGCCAGUGCCCCUCACCUGCGCCAGUGCCCCUCACCUGCGCCAGUGCCCCUCACCUGCGCCAGUGCCCCUCACCUGCGCCAGUGCCCCUCACCUGCGCCAGUGCCCCUCACCUGCGCCAGUGCCCCUCACCUGCGCCAGUGCCCCUCACCUGCGCCAGUGCCCCUCACCUGCGCCAGUGCCCCUCACCUGCGCCAGUGCCCCUCACCUGCGCCAGUGCCCCUCACCUGCGCCAGUGCCCCUCACCUGCGCCAGUGCCCCUCACCUGCGCCAGUGCCCCUCACCUGCGCCAGUGCCCCUCACCUGCGCCAGUGCCCCUCACCUGCGCCAGUGCCCCUCACCUGCGCCAGUGCCCCUCACCUGCGCCAGUGCCCCUCACCUGCGCCAGUGCCCCUCACCUGCGCCAGUGCCCCUCACCUGCGCCAGUGCCCCUCACCUGCGCCAGUGCCCCUCACCUGCGCCAGUGCCCCUCACCUGCGCCAGUGCCCCUCACCUGCGCCAGUGCCCCUCACCUGCGCCAGUGCCCCUCACCUGCGCCAGUGCCCCUCACCUGCGCCAGUGCCCCUCACCUGCGCCAGUGCCCCUCACCUGCGCCAGUGCCCCUCACCUGCGCCAGUGCCCCUCACCUGCGCCAGUGCCCCUCACCUGCGCCAGUGCCCCUCACCUGCGCCAGUGCCCCUCACCUGCGCCAGUGCCCCUCACCUGCGCCAGUGCCCCUCACCUGCGCCAGUGCCCCUCACCUGCGCCAGUGCCCCUCACCUGCGCCAGUGCCCCUCACCUGCGCCAGUGCCCCUCACCUGCGCCAGUGCCCCUCACCUGCGCCAGUGCCCCUCACCUGCGCCAGUGCCCCUCACCUGCGCCAGUGCCCCUCACCUGCGCCAGUGCCCCUCACCUGCGCCAGUGCCCCUCACCUGCGCCAGUGCCCCUCACCUGCGCCAGUGCCCCUCACCUGCGCCAGUGCCCCUCACCUGCGCCAGUGCCCCUCACCUGCGCCAGUGCCCCUCACCUGCGCCAGUGCCCCUCACCUGCGCCAGUGCCCCUCACCUGCGCCAGUGCCCCUCACCUGCGCCAGUGCCCCUCACCUGCGCCAGCGCCCCUCACCUGCGCCAGCGCCCCUCACCUGCGCCAGCGCCCCUCACCUGCGCCAGUGCCCCUCACCUGCGCCAGUGCCCCUCACCUGCGCCAGUGCCCCUCACCUGCGCCAGUGCCCCUCACCUGCGCCAGUGCCCCUCACCUGCGCCAGUGCCCCUCACCUGCGCCAGUGGCCGAUGGAAGCGCCGAAGCCGUGCACCAACACCACGGCGGGCGCGUCCUCUCUCCCCCGCCAACCCCCCUCGCCGCUCUCCCCCGCGCCCUCGCCACCGGCGCCGGGCGGAAUGUCGCAGUAGUUGAUGCUCGCGCCGCGCCACGUCCACCGCCGCUGGUGGGAGAGGAUGAGGGCGAGGCCCGCGGAGACACCAUCGCCGCCGGGCACGCGCGCGCCGCCAGUGGAGGGGUCCGCCGAGUCACCCUCACGGGCGGCGGCGGCUGCGGCAUCUGCGGCGGCCUGCGGGUCGCCGCCAAUCAGAGCGGCCGUGCCGGCGGCGGCGAACGCGCGCUGCUGCGACUCGCCUGGCCGACUGUCGCUUGCCGCGUCGGACGGUCGUUCGCCAUGCGAGGAGCGCACGACACGCUGCGACUGGCGACGCAGAAAUACUCCAGGCCGCAAAGGCCCCGAGGCGCCGAGCGGUGCGGCGCAGAGGGUGGAAUGGAAGGCGCGAAGCGGCGGGUGCGUGGGUGCGAGAGACGCCAUGGAAAACCUCUGCUGUCAUGCGGCGGCAUGCCUAUGCCCAUCCCUCCCCCCCCCAGGAUGAAGUACUACAACCACUGCCUCUUCCACCACGUGCACCGCGACUUCAUCGUGCAGACCGGCGACCCCACCGGCACUGGCGCUGGCGGUGACUCCGUUUACAAGUUCCUGUACGGAGAGCAGGCGCGGUUCUUUGAGGAUGAGAUCCGGGCGGGGCUGAAGCACGACAAGGUGGGGGUGGUGGCCAUGGCCAGUGGGGACAGCAACCUCAACGCCUCCCAGUUCUACAUCACCACGCGGGCUGGGCUGGACUCACUGGAUGGCAAGCACACGAUAUUUGGCGAGGUGGCGGAGGGGCUGGACACGCUGCAGCGCAUCAACGAGGCCUUCGUGGACGACAAAGGCCGCCCCUUCAAGAACAUCCGCAUUCGCCGAGUGCACGUGUUGGACGACCCCUUUGACGACCCGCCAGGACUCGCUCACCUCAUCCCCGAUGCAUCCCCACCCAUGCCACUCCCGGCUGCUGGCGAGGACGUGAGGCUGGAGGACGACUGGGUGCCCAUGGACGAGGGGCGGGCAGCAGACGAGGUGGAGCGCGACGUGCGGCGCAGAGAGGCGCAGUCCAGAGGCGUGGUGCUGGAGAUGAUAGGGGAUCUACCCGAGGCGGAGUUCAAGCCGCCGGAGAAUGUGCUCUUCAUCUGCAAGCUCAACCCCGUCACGCAGGACGACGACCUGGAGAUUAUCUUCUCUCGAUUCGGCAAGGUCGUCACGGCGGACAUCAUUCGAGACCAGAAAACGGGCGACAGCCUCUGCUACGGCUUCAUUGAGUUCGAAACAAAGGAGGCAUGUGAGGCGGCUUACUUUAAGCAUUGUCGGAAUGAAGGUGAAUUCAUGCCCACCUCAUGCUCAUCGCUACGGGAACAUUGCACUGGUGCUUGCUGCUCCCCAUCCCCACCAUCAACAAACCUCUUUCCCGCAACCCACUCCAUCCAUCCCCCUGUCGCCCCCCUCCCCUCCUCCUUCCCACCAUGCGCCGCGCCUGCUUCCCCCCCUGGAGACCAGAUGGACGGCGUGUUGAUCGACGACCGCCGUGUGCACGUGGACUUCAGCCAGAGCGUCGGCCGCCUCUGGUCGCGCUUCCGCCGCUUUGGGACCUCCGACUCCGCCGCUGCUGCUGAUGCUGCUGGCGCUGCUGGUGCUGCUGGUGGCGGGAGGGGAGGGAGAGGAGGUGGACGGGGGUGGCGUGGAGGUGGUGGUGGUCGCGGUGGCAUGCGGUCGUGCUUUAGCUGCGGGGAGGAUGGGCACAUGGCUAGGGAGUGCCCGAAUGCGGGAGGAGGGAGAGGGGGGAUGGGUGGGGGGGGAGAGGAGGAUGAGGAGGAGGCAGGGGGGGGGCAGGGCGGGCAGAGGCGGUUUGAGCUGAAGGAGUCGGGGCACGGACAGCGGGGCGAGCAGGGCAAGAGGUGA